UCCGGAAGGUCGAGCUGGGCGUCGGUGCUAGGCCGCCGUUCUAGGCCCAAGUCGGAAUUCCAGGCCCUGCUCCAAGCCAAGCCGGUGGCCGCAGAGACACAUCGAAGACCGCAGAAGUCGCAGCCGCAGCUCGCUGAGGUGCUGAACCUUGGAGGGCGGCAGCCCGGGUGCGCAGGCCGUGACGGCCCCUCCCCCACCCUGAGCGCAGCGGCGAAGGACGACAACCCGGGCCGGACGAGGUGAAGCGGUCACGUAACUGCCUCAGGUGAUGACUCACCGACUCUACUGUCAGAUUUGACGUGCGUGGUGCUGCUGCAGGGCGGACGUCGGUGUGCCCAGUGCGGUGCUGCGGCGACCGCUUGCCUGUUCGGCGGCCCUGCGUUUCCCCAGAGCGUUCUCUUUGUAACGUCUGCGGCCUGCAGCUUGCUGCGAGCUCCGGGUUCUCCCAUGAAGGUGUCGCUCGGUAACGGCGAGAUGGGCGUCUCUGCCCACCUGCAGCCUUGCAAGGCUGGAACUACGCGGUUUUUUACCAGCAAUACGCACAGUUCUGUUGUAUUGCAAGGCUUUGAUCAGCUCAGAAUAGAGGGACUGCUUUGUGACGUGACUCUGGUACCAGGCGAUGGAGAGGAAAUCUUCCCAGUUCAUAGAGCCAUGAUGGCGUCUGCCAGUGAUUAUUUCAAGGCCAUGUUCACAGGAGGAAUGAAGGAGAAAGAUCUAAUGUGCAUUAAGCUUCAUGGGGUGAACAAAGUUGGUCUGAAGAAAAUCAUUGAUUUUAUUUAUACUGCAAAACUCUCUCUCAAUAUGGACAAUCUUCAGGAUACUCUUGAGGCUGCCAGCUUUCUACAGAUCUUGCCGGUUUUGGAUUUUUGUAAAGUAUUUCUUAUAUCUGGUGUCUCCUUAGAUAACUGUGUUGAGGUUGGACGGAUUGCUAACACCUACAAUCUUAUAGAAGUGGAUAAAUACGUAAAUAAUUUCAUCCUGAAGAACUUUCCUGCCUUGUUGAGUACCGGGGAGUUUCUAAAACUCCCCUUUGAACGGCUUGCCUUUGUGCUUUCCAGCAAUAGUCUCAAGCACUGUUCUGAACUUGAACUCUUCAAGGCAGCCUGCCGCUGGUUGAGGCUGGAAGACCCUCGGAUGGACUAUGCUGCAAAAUUAAUGAAGAAUAUUCGCUUCCCACUGAUGACGCCACAGGAUCUCAUCAACUAUGUGCAGACAGUAGAUUUCAUGAGAACUGACAAUACCUGUGUGAAUUUACUUUUGGAAGCAAGCAAUUACCAAAUGAUGCCAUAUAUGCAGCCAGUGAUGCAGUCAGACAGAACUGCCAUUCGAUCAGAUUCUACUCAUUUGGUUACGUUAGGAGGAGUUUUGAGGCAACAGCUGGUUGUAAGUAAAGAGUUACGGAUGUACGACGAAAGGGCGCAGGAGUGGAAAUCGUUAGCCCCUAUGGAUGCUCCUCGAUACCAGCACGGCAUUGCUGUUAUUGGAAACUUCCUUUAUGUAGUUGGUGGUCAGAGUAAUUAUGACACAAAAGGAAAAACUGCUGUUGAUACAGUCUUCAGAUUUGAUCCUCGUUAUAAUAAGUGGAUGCAGGUGGCAUCAUUAAACGAAAAGCGCACAUUUUUUCACCUGAGUGCACUCAAAGGACAUUUAUAUGCAGUUGGUGGACGCAGUGCAGCUGGUGAACUGGCCACAGUAGAAUGUUACAACCCAAGAAUGAAUGAAUGGAGCUAUGUUGCAAAAAUGAGUGAACCCCACUAUGGCCAUGCUGGAACAGUAUAUGGGGGUUUAAUGUAUAUAUCCGGAGGAAUUACCCAUGACACUUUCCAAAAUGAGCUCAUGUGUUUUGACCCAGAUACAGACAAAUGGACACAGAAGGCUCCUAUGACUACAGUCCGAGGUCUGCAUUGCAUGUGUACAGUUGGAGACAAGCUGUAUGUCAUUGGUGGCAACCAUUUCAGAGGAACAAGUGAUUAUGAUGAUGUCCUAAGCUGCGAAUACUAUUCGCCAACUCUUGACCAGUGGACACCAAUUGCUGCUAUGCUAAGAGGUCAGAGUGAUGUUGGAGUUGCGGUCUUCGAAAACAAAAUCUACGUUGUUGGUGGAUAUUCUUGGAAUAACCGCUGCAUGGUAGAAAUUGUCCAGAAAUAUGACCCAGAAAAAGAUGAGUGGCAUAAAGUUUUUGAUCUUCCAGAGUCACUUGGUGGCAUUCGGGCUUGCACUCUCACAGUUUUUCCACCUGAAGAAAACCCUGGGUCACCUUCUAGAGAAUCACCUCUUUCAGCACCUUCAGAUCAUUCUUAGAUUCAAGGUGUAAUACCUUUUCAGUGUAUCAGGGAUGGUGUUGUACUUCCCCUUCAAUUGUCUCUCCUUAUUGCUACAGUUAAUAGACAAAAAGGUAACUUAGGUUUUUUUUUUUGUUGUUGUUUGUUUGGCUUCAAAUUGUUUAUUAGAUGGCUAACAAGUGCAUUUUGAAAAGUAUUAAAUAUAUUCAGCUGUUUAACAAGUGAAAAAGAUACAUAGAAAAUUAGAUGUUUUUUGUAGUGUUACAUAUGUCAAAUUGUAGAUCAUAGUAAAUGUGUAAUGAUGUCUAUUAUACUAAAAAAUUGAAACAUUUGAUUUGACUGAAACAUUAAGUGGAGGCCCCUGUUCUAAUCUAGAAUAAAGAUUGCCAGGUACCGCUACCUCCCUCUUGGAUAGUUUUGGACAAUCUGUUAAACUAGGCUGUGUGAUUAGUCUUAGAAUAUUUGAAGUUUCUUAGGUAGUCAGAAAUAGUGACAAAAUUAGCGAGAAGAAACAGGUCAGGAUUUGUUAUCACUGGAGGAAAAAUAAUAGAUGUGUACACUAGUCAGAUACACUCACACAAAACUUUGUGUGUACAUAUAUAUAAACUUUUAGACUUGGUAAAAACUUCAAUUGUAGUGAAAAUGACCUUAUAUUUUCUUCCAGAAAGCAGCUAAUUUUAUUUCAAUGAAAAUUCAAUACCAGAGAGUCCAUGUCUAAAGUCUUAUACAGAAUUUAGAUGCUAAGGGCUACAACAAACUAAAUUGACAGCCAAAUUUGUCAUUUAAUGGAAUCGUUUCUUUAAAUAAAAUUUAAUUAGUUUUUCUGUAUAUUCUGUAGUUACAUGCCUAUAGAUUAUUUAGCAGAAGGCAAGUUUAGAUUUUUUUUAUCAUUAACUUUUUAACCUGUGAAAUUCAGGAGUUAAGGAAGGCAAAGAAGCAUUUUCAACAAAGCUCCGGGAUUUUAAGUUUAGUCCUGCCUUAGUCUCUCUGACCUGUUUAUUAUGUGAUUUUGAGUGAUUUCUGGUGCUGCUGUAGCUGGUAAGCAUCCAGUAAUGUGUGAGCUGCCUCAAGGCUGUGAUCUGAGCAAACAGAGACACACCCUGUUCUGCAUCUAAUCAGAAAUAGGCCUUUUUAGCCUUGACUCAAGGAUAGAACCAACUUCAGGUCCUCUAAGAAGUCAGCUGGUUUCUUUAAGGCCGUGCUUUAGUAGGUAGACCUUCAGUCUUCAUUACUGUGGGAAUACUUUCUGACUGAGAAUUACUGGGGAAAAUCUUACAGGGAACUUAUCAGAUAAAUGGAAUUACAAUGUCCCUUGGUAAUGAGUGAUACUGAAUAUGUACUUUCCUGGGAAAAUUGUUCAACUGAAGGAAAAAAUAGACACACACACACACACACACACACACACACACACACACACACACGCAUGUCUAGCCCUGACAGUGCCAGAGUGUAAAUCAGGAGCAAUGCCAUUAACAGUCCUUUAAUGUAAUUCAAAAGGAUUUGGCUUCUGGCAUCUGAACUUUACUUACUGCCCAUACAUACAUGUGUUGAUUCAUUUUAAUGCUUUUCAUGAUUUCUUCAUUAACAGAAUUUUCAUACUUUGUUUUUUUAAAAUGACUCCAUUUUUUUUUUUGUUGUUGUUGUUAACUUCAGACAUAUUUGAGUGCUUUUAGAAGUUAAGGUAAAAAUUGCUACUAACUUUGUGUAUUGAAUAAGCAAGCAAGAAAUUGCAUCCUGAUUUUUUUUUCUUUUUUAUUAAUAGUAAGGUUGAAUACUUGUGUAUUUUGAAAAGCUACAUUUUCUCUUUGGUCAAAUGUUAAUGUCCUUGUGAUAUCUUUUGGAGUUGCUUUGUUUUUCAUAUCAAGUUACAGGAUCUCUUUAUAUAAUAAAACUACUUAACCAA